CAGGGGAACUAACUAAAACCUCAUUAUCUCAGCUCUUUUUGGUAUUUUUAAAGUAAUCUUUUUCCCUAGAAAGGCCAUUAGAAUCAAAUGAGCAACCAAGGAGAACAAGUGUUAAAAUCAACCCCGAAUGUGGUGUGUAUWUUUAGUGGGAAAAGAAAAUCUGGGAAAGACUUCAUCGUAGAGAAACUCAAGAAUCUUAUAGGAGAACAUCAAUGUGAAAUUCUUCGUUUAUCUGCACCUCUCAAACAAGAAUAUGCAAGAAUUCAUGGUCUGGACUUUAAAAAACUACUUGACGCAUCGUCUUAUAAGGAGAAAUACAGAAGAGAUAUGAUUACUUGGGGRGAAGACAAGAGAAAUGAAGAYCCUUCAYAUUUUUGUGAUCUUGCGGCAAAACAAAGUUAUACUGCAGAUACCACAGGGAACCCAGUGACUAAACCGAUUUGGUUCAUAUCAGAUGCUAGGAGAGUUAGUGACAUACAGUAUUUCAAKACUCAUUAUSCAAAUGUUCUCCAUGUUAGAAUUGAAGCUUCAUUAUCAACAAGGAAGGCAAGAGGUUGGAUCUUUACUGCUGGUGUUGAUGAUGCAGAAUCAGAAUGUGGUCUUGACAAAGAAACUUUUGACUUUGUUGUCAAGAAUAAUGAUGAUGAAAAUCAACUGAUUGAAACAUUGAAGAUAUUGUGCAACAAGAUUAAAUGUUCAUGAAGGUGUACUAAUUAUUACAGAUAUUAUAUAGGUAUAUAUAGGUAUUCAGGUAUUCUGGACAAUUUGAUAUUUUAAUUAAAACUGCAAAAUCCCUAGCUAUGUGUGAAUUCCAGGACAUUCCUGGAUUAUUUUUCCUUGUAAAUAAACAAAGACAUUCUGUAAGUAAAUUUCUAUAUUUAUUAAAACUAUUAUCAAACUA